AUGGGCUGGUACUCUUGCUUAUCAAAAACUGCUCUCGAGCCCUUGCUUGUUUACGAGUAUAGCCUUGCCUUUUCUCGAAAUGAGCUCGGAAAGGAGGACUUAGCGUGCUUCAACCAUGAGUUUCUUCAGAGCAUGGGAAUUUCAGUUGCCAAGCAUAGGCUGGAGAUUCUCAAGCUCGCUAGGAAGGAAACCGGAGAAGCCCCCAACAGCCUGGCCAAGCUCAUUUUGGCAAUUAACAAGACAAGAAAAUCAGUGGAGAGUGGCACUGACGUUGUCACGGAAGGGAAAGAACGAGAAGGAGCUGAUGAGGAUAGAGCAGCCAGUGGUGAGAUCAAGGUAGCGAAAUCUGGUCCCUUGGAUUACAAAGGACAAUACAAGUUAUUGAUCCCUCCUAGAAGAUUGAAAUUAUCAGGACCCCUUGAUAGAAAAAUGCAGGAGAUGGUGAUACUCAAUUACAGAAGCCCCAUAACUUCUGGUCCUACUGAUAUUGCAAUGGCAGCACAGGAGAGGUUGAUGCUCACAAAUGGCCGUAGGAGCCCAAAACUAUCUGUACCUCUUAGUUUUGUAAGAACUCCAAGCCCAAAGAUUUAUGGUGAUCAUUACAACAAGGAAAAAGCAGGUGAGAACUAUGAUGAUCAAACAUUGUGGGCAGAACUUUUCCGGGACAUGAGACCCACUUGA